AUGGAAAACAAAAACGUUGUUUUAAAAACGUUUGAUUUUUCAAUGUGGCACAAUGAUGGAACGACUUGUGAAAAAUAUCUGAAAAGUGCCAUCGAAAUCAUCAAAUCGUCGAAAAAAUUUACCACCACAAGCCUAAGCAUUGGUGUAUGGAGUUUUCACGAAAUUUCUCAGAUCUUGACGCUGAUUCAGCCAGAAUCGCUCGAGUGCCUGGAUUUGCAAAUCAAAAAUGGAUCGAUUGGCUAUGAACACGUUGUGAAUACGGAUCAAUGGAAAAUGGCCAAGUAUUUCGAGUCGAAGGAAGAAACCUCUAUUCCAAUCGAACAUUUGCUUCAUUUCACUACUUUUACCGUGCGAUUGACGGAAUUCACUGUGGAAGAUGCCAGGAAAAUUCGUGAUGUGAGAUUUUUCCCUAAAUGUUCAAUUAAAUAAGACAAAAAUUUUCAGAUGCUUGACACCUCUGAGAGUAUUUCACUCGGAUUUUGAACUCGGCGGUGACGAGAAUGAAAAUGAAGAAUUCUACUACACAAACCCGAAUGACACGGAGUUCAGAAUCGAAUUCAGUUCUUCAUGGGGUGGAAAAGUUGUGACCAUUGAAUAUAUAGACUCUGAUGAUUCGGAUGAUUCGGAUGACUCGGAUGACUUAUAA